AUGAGCCGGCAGCUGGGCCUGAAAUCUGGUGGUGAGAAGAGUGACUUUAGUGGAUACUCUGCAAUUUUGCCACGGAAAGUAGGGGGAAGUUCGUCUUCCUAUCGGGCAGGGGUCAAAGGGGCUGGAAGUAGUUUUGGCAGCCGGAGUCUCUACAGCCUAGGGACUGGUCGUCGCAUCCCUCUCAAUAUGACUGGGGGUAUUCGAACAGGGGGUUAUGGCUUUGGGCAUGGGGCUGGGUAUGGAGGGGCCAGGGCUACUGGCUUUGCAGGGAGUAUCUUUGGCAGUGUGGCUCUGGGUCCUGUGUGCCCAUCCCUGUGCCCACCAGGAGGCAUACACCAGGUGACCAUCAACAAGAGCCUCUUGGCUCCCCUCAAUGUGGAGCUGGACCCUGAAAUCCAGAAAGUGAGGACCCAGGAGCGAGAGCAGAUCAAGGCUCUUAACAACAAGUUUGCCUCCUUCAUCGACAAGGUGAGGUUCCUAGAACAGCAGAACCAGGUGCUGGAGACCAAGUGGAACCUGCUUCAGCAGCUGGACUUGAGCAAUUGCAAGAAGAGCUUAGAGCCCAUCUUUGAGGGCUAUAUCAGCAGCCUGAGGAGGCAGCUGGACACCUUGUCAGGGGACAAGUUGCGACUGGACUCAGAACUGAGAAACAUGAGGGAUCUGGUGGAGGACUUCAAGAAGAGGUAUGAGAUAGAAAUUAAUAGACGCACAGCGGCUGAGAAUGAGUUUGUUCUUCUCAAAAAGGAUGCAGAUGCAGCUUACACUGUCAAGGUAGAACUACAGGCCAAGGUGGAAUCUCUGGACAAGGAGAUCAACUACUUGAAAUGCUUGUAUGAGGCGGAGAUUGCUCAGAUCCAGACCCAUGCCAGUGAAACCUCCGUCAUCCUAUCCAUGAACAAUAACCGUGAUCUGAACCUGGAUAGCAUUAUUGAUGAGGUCCGUAGUCAGUACGAGGACAUCGCUUUAAAGAGCAAGUCAGAUGCUGAAGGCUUGUAUCAGAGCAAGAUCCAGGAGCUGCAGCUGGCUGCCGGCCGGCACGGCGAUGACCUCAAACACAUCAGGAAUGAGAUCUCAGAGCUAAACCGAGUCAUCCAGAGGCUUCGCUCUGAGAUAGGCAAUGUGAAAAAGCAGUGCUCCAACCUAGAGACAGCCAUCGCAGAUGCUGAGCAGAGGGGUGAAAGUGCCCUGAAAGAUGCCAGGGCCAAGCUGGAUGAACUGGAGGGUGCCCAGCAUGGUGCCAAGGAGGAGUUGGCUCACCUGCUGAGGGACUACCAAGAGCUGAUGAGCAUCAAACUUUCGCUGGAUGUGGAGAUUGCUACCUACAGGAAGCUUCUGGAGGGAGAGGAGUGCAGGAUGUCUGGUGAGAAUCCCUCCUCCGUGAGCAUCUCUGUGAUCAGCAGUGGCAGUGGGAGUAGCUAUGGCUACCGACCCAGUUCAAUCGGUGCCACCUACGGCAGUGGCAUUAGGUCAAGCACCUCUAGCAGUGCCCGAAGUGUUGAAACCAAGACCAAAGGGGAAGACGUGGGUGACCUCAAGAAAUCCCUGACCAAGACCUCUUCAUCCAGCUCCCCAGCUAAGAAAACUACUCGAUAA